AUGGCUUUCCGUCCAUGUCGUCCGACAUUCAGUUUCAAACCCAGCCCCUUCACCCUCGUAUCCAGCAGCGCCUUGCUUCUCGUACUGCUCUUUUCGUCCACGUCGGAUAUUCCAGCAACACCCGCCGGCCAGGAAACUCUUCACUCUGCCCGCAACACCCGCGGUUUUUUUCGACUAGCUGAGGCAAGGGACCUACCGGACGAGACUCUUUUCGGCCGCCUAGGGCUGCAGAGAGGGCUGCUGGGUCUCGGGUCCGAAUCUCAUGACGGGAAACAAGUGACUGUUGGCGCGGGGGCAACGGGAGCGGCGGAGAGACUCGUGGAGGAGAAGGGCGUGCGUGAAACGACGGUAAUGGAGCGAGAUUUGCUGGGGAUUCGGCCUGGAUCGCAGGGGGGGCCGCAGCAGCAGCAGAAGCCGGAGAAGUGUGUCAAGUCGACCCUGCCGGGUUACACGGCGAUGAUCGCGCUGGCCGAUUACGCAGGGCUGUACUUCCAUUUCAACGUGAAGGGUUCAACUCUCAAGGGAGCAGUGGAAGCGAGGACCGUUGCUGAUGGAGGCGCGAGCAAGGGAUGGUUCGCUAUAGGCUUCUCCAAGACAGGCAAAAUGGCGGGCUCCGAUGUAGUUCUGGGUAAUUACGUUCCGUCCACCAAUAAGAAGCUUCCUGUGGGCUCCAGGCCGGGAAUCGGAGGUCCGCAGCCAAGGCCAAUUGCUUAUCUAAGUGUCAACGGUACCAAGAGCGGAAACGGCACCAAGAGUGGUGGGACUGGGAAGAAGGGCAGCGGGGCUGGAAGCGGGAGUACGAACAGCACGAAAAGUGGUAACCGUGGUAACCCUAGCAGUGGUAACGCGGGCACGGGCGGCAAGAGGAAGGGCGCGUUGGUGGGAGCAUUCAACAUGCAGAGCCUUACCAUGGGGACAUAUGCUGUGGCGGACAACUUCAGAAUCGCGAACGCCUCCGUUACAGCCACGAAGAACGGCACUGUAGUGAGGUUCGUUAGGAGCGGGCCUGGCGGGUCUGUACCAGUGAAGUAUGAUGGUCUCAACACGCUCAUCUGGUCUUACUCCUCAACUGGCGCUACCAAGGUGUUUGGAGGACAUAUGAGACACAGGGGGAGUGCCGUGGUAAAUCUGGCUUGCAAGGUCUGA